UAGAAAUCACGUAAUGCGCGCGCGCGCGCGACAACAACACCGCCACAGUGCCGCGACCGCACCGAGCGGCGAGUACCGAUGUCCAACUACUGUCCAAGCAGUUCAACCUCCAACGCCGCGACAUUGUUGUUCGUUACACCGAAACCCGUAAACGCUGUCAGUCCGCACUCCGCACUCGUAGUCCGUGGACGGUAGGCAUACCGCGGUACCGUCGUACCAUAGUGAGAACUACACGGUUGAUCGCUAACCGUUCGUCGCCCGCGCAGCUUUGAGCUCACACCACGGCCCUCCCCUCCCGCCGACGAUCGCCGCAGCCCGUGCCCGUCUACGCGAUCUACGAGCAAGAUUUCGUCAGCUGUUAGCGGUUAGCGGUUUCCGGGGUGUCUGCCGUGCCCACCGCGAGUACCGACCGCUCGCGCGUUCUCCGUUUUCCCACCGUGUCGGUUGUUCUUUCGUCGCGAAAACGGAGGUCCCAAACAACAACGAUGAGGGCCACGGCGGGACGGCGGCGCGAAAAACUGCCAACGGAACAACGGCACCGCUCGCCGACGGCGGUCCCGUGCGGCCGCCGGACUCGACUGAAACACAACGGGACGCGUCGGCGGAGGCGGUAAGCAUACCGGCAGACAUUGAAAUGGAUCAUGGGAUAUCAAACGCCAAUACAGUUUAUGGUUUGGACCAUGUGACCAAUAUCAUGAAAUUUCAUAGCGCAUACCUCGAGGAUUUUCUGAGUUUGCAAGAAUUUAUAAUUUAUAGAGAAGGUCCAUUGCCUAUUCAGUAUCGGCACUACAUCGCAAUUAUGGCAGCUGGUCGGCACAAGUGCACUUAUCUAAUAAAUUUUCAUAAAAAACAAUUUUUGGAACAUAAUGGUGACGCUAAUUGGUUGAAAGGCCUCUCACAUGUGCCUCGUAAACUUCGUAAUUUAUAUGAAAUCAACAAGAUUUUAGCACAUCGACCUUGGCUAGUAACAAAAGAAGAUAUCCAAAAAGUCGUCAAAGGUCCGAACUCAUGGUCAAUGUCAGAUUUAGGACAUGCUCUCGUACUGCUUGUUCAUUUUCAUAGUUUGUGUAGCUUUGUGUUUGCUUCCAACUUAAAUGAUGAAAUACCACGAGCUGUAAAAGUGACUAGUGUUUAUUUAAGUCCUGGUAGCAAACCAUUCUUAAGAGGCUAUGCCGAUGAUGGUCUUGAACCAAUAGUGGAACGAAUGAAAAAACUAAGUGAGCCAGCCUCAGAACAAGAACGUAUACAGCGAUAUGAACUGGUUCAGAGUCAAUUGUGUGACAGUGAUACUUCUGCUGAUAAUGGUUUGGAUCCAGAUGUAAAACCUUUUGUUGAAGAUUCUGGAUAUUCUUACUUAGAUUGCUCACGUCGACAAUUUGCUCAACAAUCUUCAUUUAUUUUGCAGGAAUUUUCUUGGGAUCAUCAUGGUUAUGAAUUAACUAACCGUUUAUUUAAUGACAUUGGAUUAUUAUUGGAUAAAAAGUUCAAGACUGCUUAUAACAUGACAUACUAUACAAUGGGUGGUCGCCCUCACAUUGAUACUUCGAGAUUCCGCAGAGCAAUUUGGAAUUAUAUUUAUUGUAUUUAUGGAAUGAGAAAUGAUGAUUGUGAUUAUGAAGAUGUUACACAGUUGCUUCAAUGUCAAUUGAGAGUAUUUGUCAAGACUGCUACUUGUUACCCAGAACGUUUGAACAAAACAACCACUGAAAAUGCCCUAAAACAUUUUGAAUUAAGUGAAAAGAUUCAUAUAAAUUUAAUGAUUAUGGAAGCACGAAUGCAGGCUGAACUUUUAUUUGCAUUGCGCGCUGUCAUGAAUUACAUGAUGCAGUAACCAUUAAAA